AUGUCGAACACCUCUUCAUCACAUGGUUCCUCGCGUGGGAUAGACUUUAGGCCGUCUACCCCCGACCAGACCCGACCUACGCUUUCUCGAUCGAACUCCCUGGCGCCGAAAUCAGAAUACCUACGGCAUGCGCUCCAAGCACGGAGGGCACAGGGUACGCCAACUCCUUCACCUCAGGAUAUCAAAGUGCCACCGCCACUAGCGCAGAAGCCUCCGGAGAUAUGCACGCCUAAGACCUCGCCAGAUAUCUUCGAUCAAUUCGCCCUCACGGAAGAACAAAUGACCCCGGUUUCGCCCAUCCGACGACGUCGGCCCAGCGAUGCUCGUCCACCGCAGUCCAGGACGAGUCGAGAACUCACAGAAGAGAUCGACAAGUUGAAGCAGACGCUCAUGACUGCCAACAUGCGAGUGGAGCUGCUGAGGAAGGACAACAAGGUGCUGCAGCAUGAUCUGACGGCCGCCAAAGAACAAAUCGAACGGAUGGAGCCACUAGAGGAUGCGAACUACGAGCUGACUGCGGAGAACAAGCAACUCAGACUCAAAAUGGAAAAGAUGGAUGAAGAGAUUACGAAGCUGCGAGAAAUCGACGAGGAGCAUCGGAAGACCAACAUCGAGCUCACCGCUAUAGCAAGCGAGAGCGCGGCACACUGGACAGAUCACGAGCUCGCCAUCGAAGAAGCCGCCGAGCACAUCAUCAAGAUGGAGGAAGAGAAGGAGUUGCUUUCGGAAGAAGUCAGGCAACUCAAGCAGCGAGUCAUGGCUAUAGAAAGCCAUUCCCCCGCUAGCACGCUCGUCAACAGCCCUGGCAAGUUCCCACUUCGCGUCUUCAGUGUGGACGAGUCGCGGCCUUCUACUUCACACUUCGACUCGGAUUACUACAGCCAGCCUGAAUCGCCGCAAGCCAAACACAGCAGUGCGUCCAUCAGGUCGUUUACGCCUUCAGAACGGUCGAAGAAGUUUCUUGAUCUCAAGGAAGAGCGACGACGGUCUGCUCGUGAUCUGAGUGAGCGCAUGUCUGCAGUAUCCCUGAAGGCACUACGCGAUGCGUCUCUUUCUCCAACGCCAGAAGAAGUUCCCGCAGUCCCUACGACCCACCAGCAACAGGUUCCUUCCAUUGUAGCGGAUCAUAGGUCUGCCACUCCCUCCAGACGCCGUGAGCACGUUCGCCAAAUCGACCAGCCACGUCCGCUGUCUUUGAUGGACGCAGCAGAAAUUUCCCCACCACGAGCACACACCGUUGCCCCUCAGGCUCCUGACCGCCAACCAGACGAUCCACGUCGAGCCAAGGACCAAUGGUGGCGCAGCCUCGAUCGUUUAACUCACUCUCAAGUCAUGGCUCAGGAGAUUCAAGCACAGGGGAUACAGAUGCCACGUGGUUAUGACGCCGGGCCAAAUCCUCCUGCUGUUGCUGCUCCUCCUAACAGCCAGCGGACGAGGAGCAGUAGUACGACGGGUCAGCAUCGCAGCCGUAGACCUACGCCUACGCCUUCGAGUGCGCUGAAUAGUCAUCCUGUGGUGUCGGCGGAGAAGGAUCUGCUGUUUAAUGCAAAGGAGAGUACGGAGGAUUUUAUGAGUAAGAUGAGGGGGGGUAAGGGGUCGAGGGAUUCGGUGUUUUCUUUACGGUAG